AUGCGGCCCGCCUCUGCCAAAGGCGUCGAAGCCAGGCUCGCCGCCUUCAAGGACCUGGCGAAAGCUCGCCAGGUGCUCCCGGGCACCGUCGUUCGUCAAAGCGGGAAGUUUGGAGCCUUCGUGGAGGUUUCCCACCCCGAUGGCAGCAACGUCGUUGGCCUCGUGCCAUCUCAGGAGAAGGCAGCUGCUGCUCCGCGCUCGCUGGAACACCUACACAUCGGUCAGGAGCUGACAGGUGUGGUGAUACGGGUGCAGCCUGUGGUGCUCAUUGACGUGGGCCUGAAGAUCAGAGGCGUGCUGCCAGCUGGGAAGAUCAGCUCCCAGAAUGAUGCGGACGAGGAUCGCGUGAACCUCGGCGAUCGGGUUCAAGUAUGGGUCAGCGAGAUCCGCAACAAGAGCAGCAACAGGGAUCGUCCGACACUGAUCCUGGCGAUGGAGAAGAACAAGAUCUACAGCCUCUGGAACUCCGGGCCGGUGGCGAACUUGGAGGAUUUCCAGGGCCUCGAUGACCAGGAAUGGUACACGGGCACCCUCACCCACAAGAUGCAGGCCGGAUGGUUCGUGAGUGUUCCCUCCCCUGUGGCAAAUGGGGAGCCGCUGAGCCGCCACGGCUUGGUCUACCUUCCGGAGUGCAAGGGUGAUGCUGAGAUCGGCUCGUCUGUGAAGGUUCGAGUUCUGGGUGCGGACUUGGAGAAGGGGCAUCUAUACCUCUCAAUGCGGACCUCCCCGCCGCUGAGAGGCACCGAGGCAAAGUUGGCGCUGUACCGAGACCUCACGGACCACUGGUUGGAGGGUCGGGUGAAGAGCUUUGGCACCGGCGGAGCCUACGGAGCCUCCGUUGAGGUUCGACACCCUGCUGCCGGGACGAUGGUUGGCAUCUUGCCGAAGGCGCAGAUGGAUCCAGAGAAGCAGCUGGUCGUGGAUGGGAAGAUCCAGGUGCGAGUCUGGGAUGUUACGGACGACCGCCUCUUCCUCUCCAUGCAAGAGAAGGUGAAGGAAAUGCCGAAGGAGUUCCUGGCCUUGGUAGAGGACGAGCUCGGGAGCGCUUCCGCCGUGGAGCUGCUGGAAGAAGGUCAGAAGGUCGACGUUCGCGUGACGGACGCUGGCAAGGAGGGUUUGAAGCUUGCCCUGUGCACAUGA